CCCAGCCCGAGUGGUCUCCACGCCGCAGGCGCCCGCGCUCCGGGGCGUGGUUAGCGGCCUCUAAGAGGCGCCGCUUCCUUCCUCGCGCUCGCAGGAGAGGAGACGCCCGGCCCCCGGGCGAAUGUGCCCGGAGUGCCGAGACGGCGUGGCCCCGCGCGGACGCGGCGUCGGGGCGGCGGGUUUUGUUCGGCAAUGUCUGCGCUCCACCUGAGUGCGGCCGUGGGGCCCGGGCGCCUCUCCGGGAAGUCGGCGUCCCGGGCAAAGCGCACCUGGCGCGCGCCUCCUCCAGGCUCCCCGCUGUCGGCCCCGGGCGAGCCGGCGGGGUUCUUGGGAGGCAGCGCGCGGCGGGCUCGGGAACGGCCCCUCUCAUGGGUCCUCGACAGCGGAGCACCGAGCGGAGGGGCGCGGACCGCAGUUAUAUCAACAUGCCCUCUUUCCUGUUGCUGGAAGCCAUCUGCAUUUUCCUGUUUGCCGAAGUGCCCCCAUCCCUCCCUCUUCAGGAAGUCCACGUGAGCAAGGAGACCAUUGGGAAGAUUUCAGUCGCCAGCAAAAUGACGUGGUGCUUAGCUACGGCAGACAUCCUGUUUCUUUUAUCGACGGCUCACAGCAUUGGGAAAGGGAGCUUUGAAAGGUCCAAGCACUUUGCCAUCACGGUCUGUAAUGCUCUGGACAUCAACCCCAGGAGGGUCAGGGUGGGAGCGGCCCAGUUCAGUUCCGCCCCUCGUCUGGAAUUCCCCAUGAAUGCAUUUUCAACCCAACAGGAAGUGAAGGCAAGAAUCAAGAGGAUGGUUUUCAAAGGAGGACGUACAGAGACAGGCCUUGCUCUGAAAUACCUUCUGCGUAAAGGAUUCCCUGGGGGCAGAAAUGCCUCUGUGCCCCAGGUCCUCAUCACUGUCACUGACAGGAGGUCCCAAGGGCAUGUGGCCCUGCCAGCCAAGCAGCUGAAGCAAAGGGGCGUCACUGUGUUUGCUGUGGGGGUCUGCUUCCCCAGGUGGGAGGAGCCGCGCACGCUGGCCAGCGAGCCAAGGGGGCAGCACGUGCUGAUGGCCGAGCAGGUGGAGGACGCCGCCCACGGCCUCUCCAGCAUCCUCAGCGGCUCUGCCACGUGCACCAUUGCCUUUCCGGACUGCAAGGUCCAGCCUCAGCCCUGUGAGCGCAGGACGCUGGAGAUGGUCAGGCAGCUUGCCGGCCAGGCCCCGUGCUGGAGGGGAUCUCGGGGGACCAAGGCCGUGCUGGCUGCGCUCUGUCCCUUUUCCAGCUGGAAGAGAGUGUUCUUAACCCACCCUGCCACCUGCUACAGGACCACCCGCCCAGGCCCCUGUGACUCGCAGCCCUGCCAGAAUGGAGGCAUGUGUGUUCCAGAAGGACUGGACAGGUACCACUGCCUCUGCCCGCUGGCCUUUGGAGGGGAGGCUGACUGCGCCCCGAAGCUGAGCCUGGAGUGCAGAGCCGACGUGCUCUUCCCGCUGGCCGGCUUGGCGGCUGCCACCCCGGAGGGCUUCCUGCGGGCCAAGGCCUCCGUGCAGCAGUUCGUGCCGGCGGCGCGCUCCCGGGCGCGCAUGGGCGUGGCCCGCUACGGCGCGGAGCUGGCCGUGGCCAUGCCCGUGGGCGAGUACCGGGACGCGGACCUGGUCAGGAGCCUCGACGACCUGCCCUUCGGUGGCGGCGCCACCCUGACAGGCCGGGCCCUGCGGCAGGCGGCGGAGCGCGGCUUCGGGAGCACCGCCGGAACGGGCCUGGACCGGCCCCGCAGGGCCGUGGUCCUGAUGACCAAGGCACGCUCUCGGGACCAGGUGGCCGACCCGGCGCGUUUCGCCAGGUUCCGGGAGCUGCUCCUGCUGGGCGUGGGCAGCGAGGCCGUGCGGGCGGAGGAGGAGGUCACGGGCAGCCCAGAGCACGUCAUGAUCUACGCCGGCCCGCAGGACCUGUUAGGCCAAAUCCCGAAGCUGCGGGGAACGCGGUGCAGCCAGCAGUGGCCAGGCUGCCAGGCCCAGUCGCUGGACCUGGUCUUCAUGUUGGACGCCUCGGCCUCUGUGGGGCCCGAGGACUUCGCCCAGAUGCAGAGCUUCGUGAGAAGCUGUGCCCUCCGGUUUGACGUGAGCCCUGACGUGACACAGAUGGGCCUGGUGGUGUAUGGCGGCCGGGUCCAGACAGCCUUUGGGCUGGACCCCCGCACUGUAGCGCUGCAGGCCAGGAGCCAGGCCCCCUACCUGGGUGGGGUGGGCUCGGCAGGCACGGCCUUGCUGCACAUCUGUGACAAGGUGAUGACGGUCUGGAGGGGCGCCCGGCCUCGUGUCCUCAAGGCUGCGGGGGUGGUCACGGGUGGGAGGGCAGAGGACGUGGCCGUCCCUGCCCAGAAGCUUAGGGACAGCGGCGUCUCUGUCUUGGUGAUGGGCAUGGGGCCCGUCCUGAGGGAGGCACUGUGGAGGGUCACAGGUCCCUGGGACUCCUUGGUCCACGUGGCAGCCUACGCAGACCUGAGGCACCACCAGGACACGUUCAUCGAGUGGAUAUGCAGAGAAGCCAAGCGGCCAGUUAACCUCUGCACACCCAGUCCGUGCGUGAGCGAGGGCACCUGCGUCCUGCACAACGGGAGCUACCUCUGCAAGUGCCGGGAUGGCCGGGAGGGCCCGCACUGCGAGAGCCGGGCCUUGAGAGGAGACGCCCCCAAGACACGUGGCCCCAGCCGAGAGCCUGCAGGAGGGCAGCAGCUGCCCCCCUCCCAGCUGCUACCAAGAAGGCCUGGGUCCCCUGGGCGCUGAAAGGGGGCCUGCCCUCAGCGGGGCAUCCCGUCUCGUGGGGUCCUUUGCGUGUCUGCCUUCAGCCCUGUCCGGAACCCUCCUGCCCACUCUCCUGACCCAGGGCGAAGAGAGGGCCCAGCUGCAGACACUGCUGCCUAGGGACGCGGUAGCAGCUGAUUUCCCCCCUAACGACGAUGUUGAAAACUCUUCAGCUGGUACCAUUCAAACACCAGCAUCCCCCCAAAAGAAGAAAGUUAGUUUUCCUCUGUAGCCAACCUAGCUAUUCCUAGAAGAAGCUAGGAAUAGAGACGCCAAUUAAGUAAGGUUCAACCCCUGUGUG